GCAUUUUGGAAAAAUACUUAUUUUAAUAAAAAAACAAAUGAAAAAGUAAAAAGAAGUAUAACGGAUUAAGAUGAGUGCGUUUUUAGAAUUCAUUGAAGUUGAUAACUUCAAGUCUUAUAGGGGUAAUGUGGUGAUUGGUCCAUUGAAAAAAUUUUCCGCUGUAAUUGGGCCUAAUGGCUCAGGUAAAUCAAAUUUCAUGGAUGCCAUCAGUUUUGUCAUGGGAGAAAAAACCAAUUGUCUUCGUGUAAAGAAAUUAAGUGAAUUGAUUCAUGGUGCGUCAAUCGGAAAGGCUGUAUCUAGAACCUGUUCAGUUACUGCAAAAUUUAUACUUCCCGGAAACGUAAGAAAGGAUUUUCAAAGAUCUGUGCAAGGCUCUUCUUCUGACUAUAAAAUCAAUGGCCAGUCUGUAACAAGUGCAACAUAUUUAUCUGAGUUAGAGUACUUGGGUAUCAAUGUGAAGGCAAAGAACUUUUUGGUUUUUCAAGGCGCCGUAGAAAGUAUUGCUAUGAAAAAUGCAAAAGAACGAACGGCUCUAUUUGAGGAAAUUUCUGGUUCGGGCUUACUCAAGGACGAAUAUAAUAAAUUACGUUUAGAAGUGAAUGCCGCUGAAGAGGAAACACAGUUUACUUACCAGAAGAAAAAAGGAGUUGCGGCAGAACGUAAGGAAGCUAAGUUGGAAAAACUUGAAGCAGAUCGAUAUCAAAAAUUACGACAAGAAUACACGGACAAACAAAUUGAGUAUCAGUUGUUCCGUUUAUUUCACAAUGAAAAAGAAAUACAACGUCUUGGAGAGGAGCUUGAUUCAAAGCAAGGUGAAUUGACCGCGGCUGAACAACGAAAAGAACAAGCAGACGAGGUGUUGCGUGAAAAGAAAAAAGAAGCGGGAAAAAUUGCACGGGAAUUAGCAAAAAUUGAGCAGGAUAUUAGAGAGGUAGAGUCGGAAAUGAGCAAAAAACACCCAUUGUUCAUCAAAGCAAAGGAAAAGGUGGCACAUAUGAAGAAAAAAUUGGAUGGAGCAAAGAAAACAUUGGAACAAGCAAAGUUAGCAGAUGAUGCUCAUGCUGCAGAUAUUCAAAAGCUAGAAAAUGAGCUAGCGGCGGUGGAAGCUAAGAAAAGGGAAUUUGAGGCAGAAAUUGCAGGCCAAUCACAGAAGCGUGGUCGAAAUAUCCAUUUAGAGGAAAAUUUAGUACAAGAGUACGAUAGGUUGAAACAAAAAGCCGACGCAACAUCUGCCAAAUAUUUGGGAAAACUUGAUGCUGUUAAUCGUGAGCAAAAGUCAGAACAAGAUUUAUUGGACGCAGAAAUAAACAAAAAGUCACAAAUUGAAGAGACUUUAAAAAAAUACACGUCAGAGAAAGAAGAAGCCGUAAAGCGUCGCGAUAAGCUUGUCGAUCAUAUAACCAGCAGUAAAAAAGCUCUGGAGGAGCAAAAUCGCACAAAAGAAGAAUUAAGAAAAGAUGUCGGAUCCUCAAAAGAACGCAUAAUUGAGUUGCAAAAUGAGCUUGAUAAUGUUCGUGACCAAUUAGGAGACGCUAAAAUUGAUAAACAUGAAGAUGGACGUCGAAAGAAGAAAACAGAAGUUGUGGAGCUGUUUAAACGAGAAGUUCCAGGUGUCUAUGAUAGAAUGAUUAAUAUGUGUCAACCAACACAUAAGCGAUAUAAUGUUGCUGUGACUAAAGUCUUGGGUAAAUAUAUGGAGGCUAUCAUUGUAGAUACUGAAAAGACAGCUCGUCGUUGCAUUCAAAUUCUGAAAGAGCAAAUGUUGGAAGUCGAGACAUUCCUUCCGUUGGAUUAUUUACAAGCAAAACCAUUGAAAGAGCGCCUACGAAAUAUAUCGGAUCCGAAAGGCGUCCGUUUGAUCUAUGAUGUUCUAAAAUUUGACCCGCCCGAAAUAGAACGAGCCGUUUUGUUUGCUACAAAUAAUGCAUUAGUGUGUGAGACUCCCGAGGAUGCCAUGAAGGUUGCAUACGACAUCGGUAGUCGUUACGAUGCAUUGGCAUUAGACGGUACAUUUUAUCAAAAAUCUGGCAUAAUAUCUGGUGGAAGUCAUGAUCUUGCUCGAAAGGCCAAACGUUGGGAUGAAAAACAUAUGGCUACACUUAAAUUACAAAAGGAAAAACUGAACGAGGAAUUGAAAGAUGUCAUUAAAAAGUCACGGAAACAAGGGGAGCUUACUACAGUUGAGUCACAAAUAAAGGGACUUGAAAAUCGUUUAAAAUAUAGCAAGAAUGAUUUAGAUGCUUCAGAACGGACCAUUUCUAAUUUUGACAAGAAAAUUGAAACGUUGAAACGAGAAAUGGAUGCAAUCGGUCCAAAAAUUGCAGAAAUUGAACGUCGCAUGGCUCAACGUGAUCAAAAAAUUCAGGAAAUAAAAGAAGCAAUGAACAGUGUCGAAGACCGGGUUUAUUUUGACUUUUGUCAAAAGAUUGGCGUUGCUAAUAUUCGUCAGUAUGAAGAAAGAGAAUUGGUGAUGCAACACGAACGCGCCGGAAAACGUGCUGAAUUCGAGCAACAAAUUGACCGUAUCAAUACAAAUUUGGAUUUUGAACGUAGUAAAAAUACACGAGUAAACGUCGAUCGUUGGGAACGAGCCGUUCAAGAUGACGAAGACUCUUUGGAAACAUUUCGCCAAGCAGAACGACGUCACUUAAGUGAAAUUGAAAUAGACAAGCAAAAGAUUGAAGAGUUAAAGCAGAGUAAAAACGCAAAGAAAAUUCAAGUGGAUCAAAUGGAGGAAGAAACAGCUAAGGCUCGACGAGAUGUUCAAAUUUGUGCUAAGGAACUUGCUAAUAUUAGUCACCAUAUCGGAUCGACGGAAAACAAAAUCGAGAGCAAAAAAUGCGAACGGCAUAACCUCCUGAUGCAGGCUAAGAUGGAAGCAAUAGCGAUACCCAUUAUUCGUGGAUCCCUGGACGAUGUAGCACAGCAUGGUGACGAAAACAAUGAAUCAGCAGCUUCUUUGUCAGGCCAGGGUUCACGUGAAGCGCUAAUACAAGUCGAUUACAGUGAAUUGCCACGCGAGUACAAACAGUUAUCGGAACCAGAUCAAAUUAAGAAAAAAGGAGAUAGUUUAAACAAAGAACUAGCUGCCAAAUUAGACACAAUUGAGAAAAUUCAAAUGCCUAACAUGAAAGCUAUGCAAAAGCUGGACCGCGUUACCGAAAAAAUUGCAUCUACAAAUGAAGAGUUUGAAGCUGCCCGUAAAAAAGCAAAGAAAGCAAAAGCUGCUUUUGAGAAGGUUAAGAAUGACAGAAUUGACCGUUUUAAACGGUGUUGUGAUCAUAUAUCAGAGGCUAUUGAUGGAAUAUACAAAGCACUUGCUAGAAAUGAAUCAGCACAAGCAUAUUUAGGUCCAGACAAUCCAGAAGAGCCAUAUUUGGAUGGAAUAAAUUACAAUUGUGUUGCUCCCGGUAAACGUUUCCAGCCUAUGAGUAAUUUAAGUGGCGGAGAAAAAACUAUAGCAGCAUUAGCACUCUUAUUUGCUAUUCAUAGCUAUCACCCUUCGCCAUUUUUUGUUCUUGAUGAAAUUGAUGCAGCAUUGGAUAACACAAAUAUUGGAAAAGUGGCCAGCUAUAUUAGAGAAAAAACAGAAAACCUCCAAACUAUUGUUAUAUCUUUGAAAGAGGAAUUUUAUGGACACGCUGAUUGUUUAAUUGGAAUCACCCCUGAGCCAGCAGACUGUUUAGUAUCAAGUGUGUAUUUGUACGACUUGACCAUAUUUCCAGAGUAAAAGCUUGUCAUAGAGUAUUCUAU